CGCUCUUUUGAUUCCCAAUACCGCUAUUUUUGCCAUUUAUCGAUCGUUGUAGUUGAGACUGAUUGGUCAGACUUAUUUCCACCCUCGUUCAGGGGCAGGCAGCAACUUCACCAUCUCCUGCGACAGCAUGGACUGGGAUAACCUCUGCUUCAAUAUCGCGACAUUCAUCGCCGGCGUCUUUGUCCUUGACUAUGGCGCAGACAAAUUCGUCGACCACACCGUUGUCGUGGGGCAGCGCCUGGGCAUCUCGCCCACCCUCAUUGCCCUCUUGACGGCCGGGACUGAGUAUGAAGAGCUCGCUGUUGUGGUUGCCGCAGUGCUGCAACACCGUAGCCCCCUUGCCCUGGGCAAUGUGAUGGGCUCCAGCGUUUCAAAUAUCCUUGGGGCCUUCUCCCUCGGUCUUCUAUGUCAUCCAGGAAGAAUGGAGUUUGACAGGACGGCAAAGAUGUAUUCUGCCUUGCUUCUUUCUGUGACAACAUUGGUUGUGGUGUUGGCUUUUUGUGAGCAGCUCAAUCAACUUACCGGAGGAGUGCUCAUCGCUAUAUUCGUACUGUACAUGGUCUCUAUCGGUUAUGCUAUUUAUAGGGGUAUAGCCGAGCCGCCUGAGCUUUCAGAUAGUGAGAGUGACGACGAUAUACCCACCAGUCGUGAUUAUCAGAUACAGCAUUCAGAGAGCGAUCCUCUAUUGCCGACUGCAGAUGAAGGCAGGAUUUUACCACGACCACUCUACUACCAUCUCUUACAGCUUCUCUUCGGCCUAAUUGCACUAUCUCUAUCCGGAUACAUCCUCGCCCACAGCGCCGGCACAAUCGCCGAUUCCCUGCACCUAUCCGGCACCGUAUUCGGCUUAACGGUCAUCGCAUUCGCCACAACCCUUCCAGAGAAGUUCAUUUCAGUGCUCAGUGGUUUCCGUGGACAAGGGGGCAUUAUAGUUGCAACAACUGCAGGCAGCAACAUAUUCCUCCUAACGCUGUGCGUCGGUAUUGUUGCUGCCUCCGGAGGUGCUGCCGGCCAGGCAGAUACAUUUGUUCUUUUUGAUUUGGUUACAGUCUGGAUGUCUGCGUUGUUACUUGUCGCUGUGGUCUUUCUUAGACCGCCAAGUCGGAUUUCUGGUUUUGUUCUGCUGGCUGCGUACUUGGUGUUUUUGGUUCUUGAGUUUACUGUGUAUAAACGGUAAAUAAUACGAUAGCAGCAACUUUUAGAUGGCCACUCGCGCGUGGAUAAAACGGUAGGAGGUAUAUACUGAUAAAACAUCCUUGCAAAUCAAUAUAAGUAAAUCACAG